AUGCUAGGACUGGACUGUGAGUCCAAACGAGGACAAAUUGGGCUGGAUUAUAGUGCUCGCACGGUGUAUAUCAAGAUUCUGCCUAUAGGAAUUCAUUUGGAAAAAGUUGAAAAUGUUCUGAAUAUUCCUUCUACAUCAGUGAAAGUCAAGGAAUUCGAAGGGAAGUUCAAGGGGAACCAUGUAAUUGUUGGCGUAGACGACAUGAACUUAUUCAAGGCAAUUAGUCUGAAGUUAUUAGCAUCUGAACAGCUAUUGAGGAAGUAUGAAAACUUGCGGGAUAUUGUGGUUCUUGUUCAAAUUAUCAAUCCUGAAAGAAACUCAGGAGAAGACAUUGAGGAAGUGAGAUGGGAGACGUAUGGAACUGCUAAUAGGAUUAAUCAGAUUUAUGGUUCUUGUGGUCAUCAACUAGUGAUUCUAAUUGAUCGACCAGUUGAUCAAUGCAGGGCUCUACAACUAUGGAUGAAGCUAGGGGAAUUAUGUCAUAUUCUCCUCGAAAUAAGUGUGCUAAUCAUUUAUGAAUAUGUUGGUUGUUCUCCAUCUCUGAGUGGAACAAUUGGAAUAAAUCCAUGGGGUAUUAGUUUCGUAGCUGAGGCUAUGCGUUCUACGAUCUCCAUGGAUGAUUUUUUAAGGCAAUUAAGACAUGAGCAGAACUAUAGCUAUGUUCAGUCUCUUGAUGUGGCGUAUUGGGCUCGCAGUUUCGUCCAUAGCAUGGAGAGAGCAUGUCUUGAUCACUAUAAUUAUCAAUGCUGGGGUAUGGGCUUCAGUUUCAUAUCUAAGACAAAUAGGAGGGCUAUAUUUCUAGACUUUGUUGGCAUCCUUGUUCCUCAUUCCUCGACCAAGAAAAACCUUAGUAGUGAAGCUAAAACUGCUCUUAUCACUCUGUGUGAUGAUCCUAAGAACACUGUGUUUAUCGUUAGUGGAAGUGGUAGAAGUUCCUUAACCGAGUGGUUGGCUCCAUGUGAAGGUCUAGGACUAGCUGCUGAACACGGGUACUUCAUAAGGUGGAAGAAAACUUCUGAAUGGCAAUCUAGUUUGGUUGUGGAUCUCGAGUGGAAGGCAAAGGAAUUGUCGGAUCAUUGUAAACACGUCAUUGCUAACGAACCUGCAGUAGUUAGAAAGGGAAAAAAUAUUGUUGAGCUUAAACCACAAGAUGCAAGCAAAGGCUUGGUCACAGAAAAGGUAAUCGCGACAAUGGUUAGCAAUGGUGAGAUCCCUGAUUUCAUCCUCUGCAUUGGAGACAUGUACGACGGUACUUUGAAAAUUGUUUCAUCUGUGGUGGUCCCUGCUGUUCCGGAAAUCUUUUUCUGCACUGUGGAGCAAAAGCCUAGCAAGGCCAAGUACUUUGUUGACGAUACUUUUGAAGUUCAGAAGCUACUCCAGUGGCUUGCUAAUUAA